AUGGAAGCCCUUUGUCAAGAGUGGGAAAGGCCUUCACGGAAUGAGAAGGGCAUCUUAAAUGAAAUCGAUCCCAUACCCGCGAUUGCGAUUGAGGAGUUUUCCCAGCUCAAGGCACCAAGAUGCCCGAGUGCGCCAUGGUCAAGGACUGCCUCUUCCGGCCCCUUCCGGCCAAGUCAACUCGGCCCCGUGGAUAGAGGAUCCCGGAGAAAUCGAUAUCCUGUUGGGAUCUUCGUCACGUGCCGGGCACGUCCGUUGAAACGGGCACCGGGAGGUUGGAUGGGACGAGGAGCUAGAGCUCUCGAUAAUCCUCGUAUCGCCACGGGGGAGGAGUCCGUGGGGAAACUCUAUGCCCUAUUGGAGGACCUGCAGACGAAUGGAGUGCAAUCACCUUCCUAUAAGAAAUUGAAAGGGAAGGUGUUCCAACGCAUUGAUCCGGAUAUGUCCGCAUAG